AUGGGCUCAGUGUACCCCUCAGAGGCCCUGUCGGGUGCGCCGUUGGAUUUGACUGUCCUUGGUUUGAAUAGCGGGACGUCGAUGGAUGGGAUCGACUGUGCCCUCUGUCGAUUUCGCCAGGAAACACCAGAGUCGCCCAUGCACUUUGAACUCCUCAAAUAUGGCGAAAUCCCGCUGGAGCAAACGAUCAAGAAAAGAGUCAUGAACAUCAUCCUCCACAAUCAUACAUCGCCUUCGGAACUAUCAGAAGUGAAUGUCAUUCUGGGCGAGACCUUUGCAUCCGCCGUACAUCAGUUCUGCAAAGACUUCCAGGUCGACAUCAACACGAUCGACGCCCUGGGCUCUCACGGACAGACAAUAUGGCUCCUGUCCAUGCCAGAACCCGACGAAACGCGUAGCGCACUAACCAUGGCCGAGGGCUCUUUUCUGGCUUCUCGAACCGGUAUCACAUCUGUGACCGACUUUCGCGUCAGCGACCAAGCCGCUGGCCGACAGGGUGCGCCUUUGAUCGCGUUCUUCGAUGCCCUUGUACUACACCACCCCACAAAGCUACGCGCAUGCCAGAAUAUCGGUGGCAUUGCCAACGUCUGCUUCAUUCCACCCGACACACAUGGCGGUGUUAACGCUUGCUACGACUUCGACACUGGUCCUGGUAAUGUUUUUAUUGAUGCGGUUGUACGGCACUAUACGAAUGGCGAACGCGAGUAUGACAAGGAUGGUGAAAUGGGUGCUCGUGGGAUAGUCAAACAAGAGCUGGUGGAUGAGUUCCUGCGUCACCCGUACUUCGCGCUGGACCCUCCAAAAACAACCGGUCGUGAAGUCUUCCGAGACACGCUCGCGCAUGAAUUUAUCAAUAAGGCAGAGGCUAAGGGCUUGAAACCUGAUGAUGUUGUCGCCACUAUUACUCGCGUCACUUCACAGGCCAUUGUCGAUCACUACCGUCGCUAUGCGCCCGAGGGACUCGAAAUUGCGGAGAUCUUCAUGUGCGGCGGAGGAGCGUAUAACCCCAAUAUUGCAGCGUUCAUCCAGAAGAACUAUCUCAACACGAAGAUCUUUAUGCUUGAUGAUGCUGGAAUCCCCAGUGGUGCAAAGGAGGCUAUUACCUUUGCCUGGCAAGGGAUGGAGGCGAUCGUCGGUCGCUCAAUCCCAGUUCCAACUCGCGUCGAAACGCGUCAGGAAUAUGUCCUGGGAAAAGUGUCGCCUGGGAAGAAUUAUCGCAAGGUCCUGCGCCAUGGCAUGCUGUUCGGUGCGGGCCGUGAUCAUUUGGCCCCUGUCAAAGAGCUGGUGAAUUAUAUCGAUGGCAAGGUGUUCGACAACAAAUGGUGA